AUAAUCAAAAUAUAACCUAUAGAAUUUCAGUUUUGAAAUUAAAAAUAACAAUCUUUUAGCUACUAAAAAUGAAUAUAUGCGUAAGAACUAAGUUCAUUCGAUCCAGCCUCGUGAGUAGUCUUCACCGGUUAUCAACAACAGUGCCAGAAAUCGAACAAAAUGACCAAGUCCUGAUCGACGAUACAGAAGAGUUCCAAGCCAGGGAGGCAGAGGUAAAAAAGAAGAGGAAUAAGUCGCGGCUAUCUGCUGCGCACUUCAACCUGGUUAAUGAUAGACGACCGUAUGAAGAGCCUCACUGCUUAGCCCAUUUGACUGUCAAGUAUAACAGGAAAAUGUAUGGAAAAUACGGUGUUGCAAGCGGUGUCAACCCAAGUCUAUGCUGGCCUUCAAGAAAAGAAAUUGAAGAAAAGAAAGAAUAUGAAGCUGUAGCAUUUCCAUACACAAUCAGGCAGGUGAUGGAUGCAGCAGCAGAGAAGAGAAGAGAAGAGCAGUUGAGAAUAGAACAGAGGGACAUAGAAGUUGCCACUAAAGUUGCUAAGUUAGAGCAAUGGAAGAAGGAACUGAAUGACAAAGUUGCUAAGAAGGCUGCUGAGGUGCAAGCAGCUAAGCAAAAGAAAGAGCGUCUAGUAGAGGAAGUAAGAAGACACUUUGGCUUUACUCUGGAUCCUAGAGAUGAACGCUUCAUAGAGAUGCUGGCAAAGAGGGAGAAAGAACAGAAGAAGUUAGAGAAACAAGCAAAAAUGGAGGCAAAGGAGAAAAUGAUGAUAGCCAAGCUGCAGCAAAAGAAUGUUGAGCUCAGUGAAAAAAGCUAAGUUCUAAUGUAUUUUUUUAUAGGUUUAAUUAUAAUUUAGUAGAAAUAAAAUUGUUAGUUAUA